UAGCCCUAGUCAGUGUAAAUAAAUAGUAAUAACAAAGCCGACGAAUUUUUGAAAACGUCACAACAAAUACGUGUAACCCAUUUGGCGCUUAAAGUAGUAAAUAGGCACUAAAUAUAAAUGGAGCAAACGUCACAUGGUUGGCAACUGUUAAGUGUUGCACUCUUGCUGUUCAUAUUGCUGCUACAUCAACAACAAAUCGACGCAGCGGCUGCAACUAAAAAUGACACAGAACCUAACGUUGCUGCUAAGGGAAUUUCAGUGAAAAAAGAACGACCGCUAUCACCACCAUCGCAUGCGGAAAUUGAAGCUACAACUGUAACACCAACAAAAGUAGAGGCAGGAAAAACAGUGGAAAUAAAUGAAACGCCACAGCAGCAGAAGUUGAACCCCCCACAGCAAUCGGCGGGUGGGGAAAACGUGCAUUCGACAGCUGAUGAGGCUGUCGUCAUGCCCGUUGAUGAAAAUGUGCACAUAGAACGCUCCAAGACCAAAGGCGAUGACUUUGCGGACUCCUUUACGCCUGUCUAUUACGUGCUUGUAGGCAUAACAAGUUCAGCCAUUUUGCUGUUGAUUGCUCGCGUUUAUCGCCUGCGCUUGUCACGCGCUGAGCGCAAAUAUGGUGUGCAAGGGGAUCGAGCGAAUCAGGAGCUGACACCGCUGCCUAUGGCCAUUGAGGAUGUGAACAGCGAUGAGGACGAGGAUCAUACGCUCUUCGAGGUCAAUCGCCAGAGUAUACGCAUCUUAUGAAGUCGCAACGAUAACAAAUAACCAUGAUAGCUUGCUGAAAAAGUAACUUGCAACACACACCACGCAAAAAAACCCACUUUACACGAUUCUCAGUUAAGAAACUCGCCUUCUCAGUUGCUCAGUGUGUAACAACAACAACAAUAACAACAACGAUUGUAAUUGUAGUGUAUUAUUGUAGUCGUACUAACCUAACUGUAUAAUUGCCUUAAGAUUUACAUUAUACGCAAAGUUCUCUCUCAAACUUAACACACACACACAAUGCAAACAGUUGAAGUUCAUGUUUCAAACAAAAACAAAAAAAACAU